CGUAUAUAGAGCCUCAGGUGUCUAUCUCAGAAUAAAUGACCGUUCUUUUCCUCUCCCUCUUUUUCCUAUUCUUUCAUACAAUUUUUUUUAUUGUUCAACAAAUUUCUUGCCAGGUCAUAUUAUCACAUCAUUAUCUAUUUUUACAACAGCAAGACCUUAUUUUGAAAUAUGGUACAAAAAGCCGUCUUGUGGUUUCAAGGAACUUUAAGAUUGAUAGUUGGACUUUAAAUUGCACUGUUUUAGAUCGACCGCAAGAUCAAAAGUUCAGACAGUUCAAUGGGGGCAUUUUUACCAACUAAUCCUUCUGUUUGCCCAUUCGAAAAAAAAUGUUUCUUUGAUUUGAUAACUAAUUCAAACUUACUAUUUUUUUUUUCAUUAUUUUGACUAAGCUAGUGGAAACUUUCUUCAGUGAUUAUCAAGAGAAAUUUUGGAAAAAACAGCUAAAAAGUCGAACUAAUUGUUUUUCAUCAAAAUGUUUAUAAAUUUCUAAGAAGAAACAGACGGCUUCUCAAAACCAAAUCCCCGGCUAAAAAUAGAAACUCUGGUCAGAUUCAAAGGAUAUAUGAACCGUUAUAUUAUUUAUCUUUUACUAAGGGUUGCAAAAUUGCCUGCUGCAACUCGUUUUCCACGGAACUUACCUCCAGCUUCAGGUCAUAAGAGUUUGUCUGGUAUUAAACUAGAUAGAUUUACUAAAACUAUUUUUUAUUCCUUCUUGUCUUUUACUCCUUCAAACUUGUUAUUUAAACCACGAGGCCAAUUCUGAGACUCCAACUGGUUUAUAUAGUCCCAGAAUUACCAACUCUAAUUAAAAAUAUAUUUAGUGCCUUUACUUUUUUGUCACAUGGUAAUUUUGAAGCUACAGAGGACAAGAUACACUCAAACACAUGUGCAUCAAAAAAAUCCUUAAAAGGAAAUCGCAAAAAAUAGAUCAAUGUUUUGCUUUCCAUUUCUGUAUAUACAAAAUAACGUUGAGAAUAAUUUUGUUGAAAAAACUUAUUCAUUCAAAUUACAGAAUCAACCAUCAUUCUGGCCCAAAAACCCAAUAUAGAUAGUUUUUUCGGUUAAUUGUUAUUUAUAUUUUCACGAAAUCUUUUCCCAUUUAUCAAAAUGACUUCUUGUAACUUUGAUCUUUAGAUUGAACUGAAGAUGGUUAUAUACACACACCUUUUACCAUAAGAGGUCAAGAACCCGAUGAUGAUUGAUGUCGAAUGUUGUAUCCGUCGACAAAGUUUUAUUUAAACAGGUGUUGCCUUUUAUUUGCCUUUACUUCUAUGACGUAACCUCUAUGUUCAAAGAAAUUUAUCUCAAACUUGAGAAUUAACUUAUUAUUUGGAUUUUGUUUGCUUUGACUUUGCAUGAACAAAACUUUCAAAUUUUCUUCAAAUAAAUUUUUGUUGAGGAAAUCGGCCAAAUUUAUUAUUUGUCUCAAGUUAAAAAGUGCUUAUUCUAGAAUGAUCUGAAUUCUUGAAAGUUAGCUAUAAAUCAAACAUAACAGUUAAAUAUGCCUUUGCUUCCGAAGAGUCUUUUACCCACUCGGAUUCCCAGCCCGACCCGAGGACCCACCACGACAACUCAAGCCCGAGACCACAACAAACUUCGAACGAACAUCUUAAAUGUGGCCGAGGUUCUCAGCGGCGGAGUUGCGGGCUGUACCGCCGAGUUAGUUUCAAUCCCGCUCGACACUCUAAAAGUGAAAGCGCAAACAACUUCCAAAAUUCCAGCUUUGAAUUCUUCGUCUCUUAACUCUACGAACUUACAAAUUUCAAAAAUUAUCCAAAAUACAUACAAAAACGGAGGUUUUCGCGCCUUUUUUGGUGGCCGUGUGUGCUUAACCGCCGCUUUUCAGCGGCAAAUGAUUAUGGCAUCGGUUAAAUUUGGCUGUUACGAUAUGGUCAAAAACGAAUAUUGUAAAGUUUUCGACGUUUCUGAAGACGCCAGAUUUACGCCGAAGUAUGUUAAAAUUUUAGCGGCUUCCACGACUGGAAUUCUGGCUGUUCUGAUUGGUCAGCCGACUGACGUCGUAAAAGUCCGAACACAAGCAAAACUGGACACGUAUAAGUCCACAAUUCAAGCGUACAAAGAAAUCCACCAAUCGGAGGGCGUGAAAAAAGGCUUAUGGCGUGGAACUUUCCCCGGAGCAAUACGUAAUAUGGCAGUAAACACUGCUGAAAUUGGUUGCUAUGACAUAAUCAAAGGCGUGGUGUUACGUAAUAAUCUUAUGAAAGAUGAAUGGCCGUGUUUUAUAGUUUGCUCAAUUUGCACGGGCGUUUUAGCGACUUUAGUUUCGAGCCCAGCCGAUUGUUUAAAAACAGUUUAUUCGAACUCAAAGCCAGGACAGUAUAAAAGCUUGUGGGAUUGCUGCUCGAAGUUAUGGAUGGAUAAUGGCGUUAAAUCUUUCUAUCGAGGAGUAUCUUUUAAUGGAUCUAGAAUGAUUGUCUGGAACAUCUUGAUGUUUACGACACUAGAAAACUUGAAGAAAACGAUUGACGCAGCUCGAUAAACUAGUCUCCAAAUUAGAAAAUAAAAAAUAGAAAUAACCUUUUGAUGUUAGAAUAACUUUGUAAAUAAUUUAUGCUCUAGUUUUUGGUUUUAAAUGGUGCUUCGCAAUUUAAGUUAUU